AUGGACCAUUGGUUGUUCGAAUGCUGUUUGUUGGGAUACCGCCGUUUCACUGAUGCCUUGUGGAUACUACCAGUCUAUGUAUAUCCCGGCGUGUUACACAUCUGGCUGGGUAGGUGGCUUUGUUUAGAUCUGAGGACAACUCCAGUCCGGGGAUUUGGUAAGACAGCCAACGAACGCUUUGCCAUAAGACAGGGAAGGGAGACACAGGAUGAGAGAAAGCUCCAGGAAAAUGUUUUCAAGUGCGAGGGAGUGGAACAUGUCAACGGCGUUACCAACAACAAGUUUGUUGUUGGUGGUGUCGAACUCAAGGGCGCGGGCCGUAGGGCAGAGACAGACAGACAGACAGACAGACAGACCGUGAUGGAUGCUAGGUAG